ACCUCUGAUCGUCAUCAACUUUGCACCAGGGGUCCUUUGAGCUAACGCUAACGUUUGUUAGCUAAUUUGCUAGCUAGUAGCUACGUACGCAGUCAGUUGUUGAGACAGAUGGUGUUGGUGGUUGCUCUCUGUUGAGAAUGAGCCCAAAAGAUGUCAGGGAUGACCUGACAACAUCUUCUUUGACCUGUCCCUCCAUCAUCCCAGCUCUGUCAGAUAGGACGAUUCUCCCACAUCUUACCAUCUGCUAAGGUCUGUUUCCCAACACCCUGAGUCUGCCACAUCCUUUCUUCAAAGACCUCAAACAACUCUGGAUUGAACUGCUGUACCAGCCCCACAGACAGCCUCUGCCAACGCCCUGUAUAGAAGAGACAAUGUAUUGCCUACAGUGGCUGCUCCCUGUGCUGCUCAUCCCCAAGCCGCUGAACCCGGCACUGUGGUUCAACCACUCCAUGUUCAUGGGCUUCUACCUGCUCAGCUUCUUGUUGGAGAGGAAGCCCUGCACCAUCUGUGCCUUGGUCUUCCUGGCUGCCCUCUUCCUCAUCUGCUACAGCUGCUGGGGCAACUGCUUCCUCUACCACUGCCAGGACGCCGCGCUGCCGGACGCUGCCCACGACCCAGCGAUUGUCGGGACCUAGGAGAGGAAAAAGGGGAGCGCUAUCUGAAAGGGGGAAGGGAGGGUGUGAAAGGUGAAGAGGCGUUGCUGGGGAAUGAUACUGCCAUGCUGUAAGAGUGGACAGACUACACUUUGGGGGUGGGGAGAGCAGUGUAGAGGUGGCGUUGAAGGACUGCUGGAGGGGACUACUGCGAAUACGGAGAGGAGGAGGAGAAGAGCUGGUUUUGGGGGGCUGUUUUGCCAUGCUGUAAAGAAAGAGUUGAAUUUCAGGUGGAAGGAGGAGAGGAGGAAGAGACAAUGUCGGAGGAGACAUUAUUUGUACUUUAAUGUAACAGGAAGGGGAGGCGGGGCAUCCAAAUUUGAAAUGCUAAGGGAAGGACAUGUGUGAACUUGGUGUUGAGGAAAGAAGAAUUUCACUUUCAGCAACUUUCAUUCCAGCAUCUGAAUGAAAACCAGACAAUAUAUACACCACAUGUGACGGCAACCUAAAGUGACCGCUGUGUUUCAGUAUUCUGGUUGCUUUGUUUACUUCCAACAUUGCUCAAGAGAGACGUCACUUUAUCCAAAAACCAGUUUGGUUAUCUUUUUAGAAUGAAAAUGCUCUCCACCUCAGACUGCCAAAAUUCACGCAACCCUACUGAAAGAUGCAGACAGUUGGUUGUUUCCAAGUUUCUCUGGCAGCCAUGCUUGUUUCUCACUCCCGUACCGUUGCAGUUGUUGACAAACUUUAUACGCCACGUAGUGUUAGAAAACAGUUGGCAUCUUGAUAUGUUUGACCCCAAACUCUAGAGCGAAGAGGAGCAACAUACCUUUCACAGUCCAAACUCUGUCGCCACUUUGACUCCACACAUGUAAUGCUAUUCUCAACAAGGAGAGCGCACAGACACAAUCAAUAACUAUGCUGUGAAUAAUUCCUCCUUUGCCACACAAGCACACCUCAGAAGGUGUAAUAAUGCUGAGAAACUGUCCCGUUAUUACCCACUUGACUCUGCAGCUGCCCCUCUCCUCAUCUUCCUCGUCUCCUCUUCCUCCUCUCGCCUCAAAGUGAAUGCCACACUCACGAUAUGAACUUUUUUGCUGUUUGUUUUUCUUGUGCAUGGUUUGACGUUAUUUUUUGUUUGUUUUUGUUUUUCAAGUGUUAAAUUCACACACACACACAUUUUAAUUAAUUACAACAAAAUGCUGAAAGUUUCCAAAGGGUAGAAUAAUCUGGGUGUGUGUAGGGUGUAUGAAAGAAAAUGUUUUGUGCGAUAGGUGUGUAUUUUUAUUUUGUGAUCAUGACAUGCUGAUAAGCGUUAAAAUGUGGCGAUACACAAGGUAACACAACGGUAGAUGGUCAGUAUUUCCUGCUACAAUAAGCAGUACAGAGUGCUGGUUGAGAAAAUGGCAUCAAAUUUCAAUGACAAUAAGAAGUUAAUUGUUAAUUAAAAGGGCAAUGCUGUCAUUAAGUUUCCUUGUGUAUCACUGCUGUAAGUGUUAUGUUUAGCUGUCAGACACAGGUUAAGGUGUUUAUACUGUGUACCUUUUGGUGUGUGUGUGUGUGGGUCCUCCUGUCGCAGUGCUGAACAAGCUCACUGCUUUGGUUUUAAUUUAAAUAAAGUUUUUCCUCAACAUGUUAAAA